CUCCUCUGGGCGUUGCUCUUCCAUGUUGGGAUCGUUAGUAGGCCGGGUGAACCCGAUUUCACAGCAGCUACUGCUGGCGUUGUUUGAUACGUGUGGCUCCGAUCGUAACGUAUCUGGGGUCCAGACGCGCGCCAUGCCGGCGAUGAUGGCGUUCAUUGCUGCCGCCGCCCGGCGCGUCUGCCUUUCUUGCGGGCUUCUGCUUGGGCGUCGUCUCUGCGUCUCCAGAGGCAAAAGCACGGCGCGUCGGGCAACAAGAGCACUGUACUGCAUGCACGGUGAGUACUUUGAUGAGGUGCUUGCCGUCCAGCACAAGACUAGAAUGAGGAAUGUUUGGUCCAGCUCUGCUGGAUUCGACUUUUUGCUGGGCUAGUGGCCUUCCCCUUGCAUUGGACAAAGUGACUAGCCAUGCCAGAUGCCAGCACCGACAAAGAAAAGGAAGCACGUACGGCGCGGUUAGCUUUUGGCCGCGGCCCAAGGUGCUGCUGAUCGAUCAUCAUAGGCAAUCGUGCAAGCAUACACCUACGUUCCCUGAAUAAUCAGGACCAGGAUUACAUUAGAUGCAUGGUCAUGGUCUUCGAAGAUCUAAGGCUGUCGCAAGCUAGCAAAGCAAAAGUUAAAAGCAGGAGGCCUAAAGCGCAGGCUAAACCCACGUUUUGCCUUUGCUGCUCCUACUACCCGACACAGGAAAAAUAUAGAGCCGGCGGAUCGAAAGGAUGUACUAGGUACGAACAGUCAAAGGCUCAAAGCAGACUGCAUGUGGGCAAAGCUAGAUUCUUUCGAAUGAUAAAAAGGCACCAGGGCGGCAAGGAAUAAAGAAGCGCACGCCUCUUCAACCAUAACACCUGAACUGCUAUGGAUGUGGUAUGGCAGUUGCAAUGCCCUUCAGGUUGAUGCAUGCUUACUCUUGCAUAUGGCCUCUGAUCUGCACAAGUCUUUGAGCUAUACAUGGGUGAGGCCAUUGCAUGCCCAGCUAGAUCUCCACCCAAAUUACGCUAGGCUCUAUGGAUCCAGAGAGUCCUACCGGGACCUGCUCCAAUGCUGCAUUGCAGGAGCAGUUGCGCUGCCCCAGCCUUGCCGUGGCAGCCUUCUACGACACCAUGGAACGGCAGAUAUGGUUGGGGAACGCGCUGCUGCUCACGGGCGCGGCCAUGACCGGGGUCAUGGUCGGCAUAGGCAGCUACGGCCGGCGCUACCGCCACCACCGCUUCACCCGCUUCAUCUUCCUCGGAGCCAACACGCUAUUCCUGCCCAUCAUCUCCUACGUCGUCUCCACCCUCGGCGACAACUCCAACGACUACGUCAACCUGCACAAGGACCGCAUGACGACCUUGGCCGCGUUGUGUGACUCGGUGUUCCACCCCUGCAUGAUCAUAACAUGGGCGUUCCUUUUCCAGAUCGCAGCGAUCAAUACUACCUCGGUGGUCGCCAUUGAUAGCAGGGAAGGUCGUAAGGUUCGGCCUCCUCCGGAGCUGCUUCUCAGGGGGAUCUGGACCUUCUACCUGGGUGCCAGCAUCACAGAGAAACGUUUCUUCCAUGGGCUCUUCCGGUUCUCACCUACUGAAGACCACGGACCGCUCACUCUCAUCUGUUCCAAGAUUAUGUUCACUCCCUUCGCUCUCCUGUGUGCCAAAAUUUGGCUCAAAUGUUACUCAUUUGGAAAGGCCCGGAAAUCCUUUGCGCUAGGGCGCAAUCCUAGUCUUGUUUUUGGGUACACGCAGCAGCUACUACAACAGCAAGGAAGAAGCCGGAAUGGUGAGGAUGCACUUCCUCCUGCACUCCUGGUUAUGGGAGAAGACAGCAGGAAAGUGGAGAAGCAACCUUGGGGGUAUGUGUUCAGCGAGACAUGGACACCGCCUACUGACAGCACUGGCUUGGUGACCCUUGACACGGUUUGGCAGUCGGACCAGACGAUGCUUCCCACAUCAACGCCAAGACCAAAAGACCUGUGCCUGUCCUUUGCAUUGUUCAAGCUGCUGAGGUGUCGAUUUGCGAGGUACGACCUCGCAAAUGUUGGGCUCAAGUUUUUCUGGAGCUUGUUGCUGAAGGACAGUGAGCAUGACAGGGUCUUCAGGGUGAUUGCAGACGAGCUCUCGUUCCUUAACGAUUACUACUACUCAUCACUCCCAAUAUCCUACUCGAAGUGUUGGCUACCUAUCCUGAGCGUCCUGAUCUCAGUCUUGAGCAUAGGCUACUGCGUCGUGGCUGCGUACUUCAUCGUUGUAUUCGCAGCUCAGGUGCACAAGCAAGGCCGCAAUCAGAUCCACUGCGCGUUCUGGUGCAAUAAGCUGCAGGUGGUAAGCGAACCACGGUCUAAAAGGUUUGGGAGCUUGUACUUUGAUGUGGUGCCGGAAUUUAUGCUUCUUGUUUUGGUCCUAAUCGCUGAGGUGAGGGACUUGUCUUCCUACAUCUGCUCCAACUGGACAAAAGUAGCCCUCAUAUGCCACUGUGUAAAAUCUGCCACACUGCAGCAUCCACUGGGAGUGCCUAAAUGGAUUGCUAGCCUUUUACUGCAGUGCAGAUGCAAGAUAACUGAUCGUUGGGAUGAAAAAAUAGGCCAGUGUUCAGUAUUGGUGCUUCAGCCAACUGCAAGGACAACCCUGGUUGGUCUUCUCAGUCGUCUCUUCCAUUUGCCGGAUGAGAAGAGGAGGGUUGAGUUGCCAGUGGCAGUGAAGGUUUGCAUUGUGGAUGCGCUUAGAACCGCUGCCAGCAGCAAUGGGUGCCGACUAGGCAAUGGCAGAACAUCUCUGAACCGGAGCCAAGUUGGAAAAGGCUUCCUCUGGGCCUGCAAUGGCAAGAGCACGUCUGAUAUCAUACUUACAUGGCACAUCGGCACAUCCAUCCUUGAGGUGAGGCACCCUUUUCGCCAUGAUGAUCAAGAGCAAGGUUCUUCGCCGGUUUCAGACCGACAUAAGAUUGCUGCCACUCACUUGUCACGGUACUGCGCGUACCUUAUGACCUGGUCCCCGGAGCUUCUUCCUGACGAGGAAGCAUGGAGCAAGGGCCUGUACGAGGCUGUCAAGGAGGACACAGAGCGUGUCCUCGCCGACCGCAUCACUAUGUCAGGGCCGCCAUUGACGCCUGAAGCUGAGUACCAGGAACUGGUGAAGCUGCUCAGUGCAGGCUCCAAACAUUCGGUGGUGAUGAAUGGCGUGUGGCUCGGAAAGCGGUUGGUCGAGUUGGUUGAGGGCGAGGAGACAGCUUGGGCAAUCCUGGCUGGCUUCUGGGCGGAGAUGAUCCUGUACGUCGCGCCGUCCAACAACCUGAAAGGGCACAGGAAGGCCGUCGCCCGCGGCGGCGAGCUGAUCACGCUCCUCUGGGCGUUGCUCUUCCAUGCUGGGAUCGUUAGUAGGCCGGGUGAAACCGGCGGUGCUGCUAGCGCUGGUGGUGUUGUGUAAUGGCCUGAUGGGUGGCUGCUAGCUAGUCUAGUGUGCAAAGCUGGCAAGCAUGCUUCAAGGAUGGUUUUCUUGAUAUUGUGUGGUAACACUUCUUUCAAUAGUUGAGUCCUUCUAUUGAGCCAUAGAAUAGAUGACACCAUCAUUCACAGUAAUGAUAUUUUUAC